AUGAGAAGAGAGAAACAAAUAAGGGUUUAAACUAUGAGUGAUGAACAUACAUCUCCUGUAAAACUACCAUCUGUGUAUUAGAUCAAUAAGACAAUAUAAGGAGAAGAUGGAACUGUAUAAAUAAUUAAGGUAUAAUAGAUAUUUGCAAUGAAUCAAUUAAUGAGUAGAGCAAACAUUGGUACAAGUAAUAAGACUUUUAGAACUUUAUCAAAGAUUUCAAAUGAGUAGAGUGAAAGAAAGGAUUUGUAAUUAUUAUAAUAAUGGAUUGAUGUAUGUAAUUUACAUAAUUAUUAAGUCAAUGGUGCAACAGAUUCAAAAGCAACAUUUCUAUAAUAUAACUGAAUUCUAUGAUAAAAUGGAGUUGAUUUAUUCUGGUUCAAUAGGAUAGCUUUGUUAAUAGUUGUCUGUAAAAUGCAAUGACUAUUCUUAAUUGAUUGAUAAGAUAUGGACACAAUUUACAAGUACUGUGAAAGAGAUUAUAGAUAAAUAAUCUAAAACAAAUCGUAAAUUGGAAAAAGAGAGUUUGGCUAAUACAAUUAAGGUUCAUGAGAGGUAUUAGAACUCAAUGACAGAGAAGGUAUAAAGAUUAUAAGAAGCAGAAAAAUAAUUGAAACGUAAUAUAGAAUAUGUAGAAAAAUUGAAUAAAGAGAAUAAAUAUUUACGUAAGAAAACUAUAACAUUUCAAACAUAAAUUACAAGUCUUAAUAAUGAUAUUGAAUUGUUGAAAUUGCAAUUAUAAGAUAUAAAUAAAGAAAAUGAAACACUUAAAUUAUUUUAAUAAGUAAGACAUACUACAGAAAAUAUAACAGCUGAUUAUGAAGAAGAAUUAUAUAAAGCAAAAAAAGAAAUAUUUGAUGAUUUUAAAUUAGUAUUUGAAGAAUAGACUCGUAAAUUUGAAGAAGCAUAUCAUAAUAAAAUGUUAGAAUUAGAAAGAGGAAAUGAUGAUAAAGCUUAAAAAGAUGAAAAUUUAAUGGAAUAAUAUGAAGAGAUACUUUUUAAAGAUAAAUGUGUUGGUAAUCAUAUACAAUUUAUAGAUUCAUAAUCAGAUACAACAGAGUAUAUAUAUAAAUAUAAAUAUAUAUAGUUUAAUAUAAACUUAAGAUUGUUCAGUUUAAACUAUUUAUUAAAAGAAAAAAUUCUAUGAAUAGGAAACUCAGACAUUACCACCUUAAACUAAUAAUUAAGCUUGUGAAGCCAAUUAUGCACUUAUUAAAAGAGAAUGUAUACCAAGAAAUAAUGAUGAAUAAACAUAUUUAGAAAUGUCAAGAUAUCCAAUUAAAGCAUUUAUUGAUGAUUACUAUCAAUUAUAUAUAGAGAGAGUAGAAAUUGAAAAGAAGACAUUUCCUGAUAUAUUUGAAAGUGUUCUCGAUCAACUUAAAUUUAGAUCAUCUCAAUUAUUUAAUAUUAUGAAAAUGAAAGAAGAAUUCUAUUCAGAUGAUUUUAUUGAAGUAGAUAAAUAUGUAUAGAGUUCUUAUUCAGUAUUUGUAUUUUUAACUCAUCACUUUCAAGAUAUAAUUCAUAAAUUAAAGGAUGAAUUGAUUGCUCGUAAAAUCUAAAUAUAUGAAACUUAAAUUGAUUGUAAAUAAGCUAUAAGAUAAAAAAAUCAAGUUUAAAAGAGAUUAGAUAUAUUGAGUAAUAAAUACUAAUAGUAAGUUAAGAAUUAUAAUUUUAUUGAAAAACAAUUUAAAUAAAUUUCUAGAUUCAUUCCUUAAUAUCAUUAAGAUUAAAUACGUCGUAAAGCAAACAAACAUAAAAUUCAUUUAGAAUUCCCUAAAGCAUAUUCUCCAACUCCUAAUCCUAUGAUUGCAAGUAUUAAUAAUUUGAGCAAUUUGAAUCCUCCACAAUAACAGGUAUUUAUUAAUAGUUCCACUUCUCUUUUACCUCCUUAACAUUAAAGUACUAGUCCAAAUUUAUUGUUAUCUACAAAUCCUAAACAUUCAUUUGGAUUCUUCCCUCCAAUGACACCUCUGGAACCCUAAUAAGAUAAUAGUCUCCCAUAACGUAAUUCUUUAGUUGAAUUGAGUUAUGAUUCACCAGAAGCUCCUGAAAUGCUUUCACCUCAAAAACCCCAAAUAACAUUAAAUUGUAUCUAAUUUAUAUUAUCUAAGUCUUUCCUGAUAAUAAAUUCGAAGAUUCAUCUAGUUCUUCUUCUGAAGAAGUAGAUUUAUCUGAAUGUUUGAAUCCUGUAAAGAAUCUACUUUCAAUAGAAAAGAAAUUGUUUGUUAGUAGAUGUCCAAGUAAAAAUACAUAAAUUGCAACUUAAACAUUAUUAUAAGAAAUUCAAUAAUUUAGAAGAGAUAAAAUAGAAAAUAUUGUAACUUAAGGUACAUUAAUAAAAACUUUAUCUAAUUUUGUAUCUUGGUGUUUAAAAUUUAAUAAAUUCAAUUAUCCUAUGCAUGUCUAAUUAUAUGAAUAUUUUUCUAGUGAGAAUUAAUCAUAACCAUAGAAUGUUUGGUUAGGUAAAGUAGCAAGAGUGAUUAAAUCAGUAAUCUAUUAUAAAAGAAAGAAUGAUUCAGCCAGACUAUUUCAUGCAAUGUUGGUCGGAGAUGUACUUAAUCUUAUCUAUACACUAAUUAGUUAAGUUUCCUGAUUUACUUAUAAAUCUUGAGCAACAUAUAAAACAUCAAUUUCUAAGACACUGGAAUCUCAGUUCUACAAUCCUAAUUAGCUGAUCAUAUAAAGAGUUUAUAGAAAUCACCUCAAUAUAUUGAUUAUGAUUAAGAGAUCUCUCAUCAUUUAGGACCUAUGUAAGAUAUCAAAAUUUAAGAAUUAUUACUUAAAUAUUCUAUGAUAUUGUAAAUAUUUGCAGAAGAAGGUGAAAGAUUAACUUAGAAUUAAUUUCGAUUACUCAUGCUUGAACUUGAAAGUAAAAAAGAAGAAUAAUACUAUAUAAAUAUGUUUAAUUCUGAAUGUGAUAUUGAAUAAUCUUCUAUAUAAUACAUGUCAUUUUAAAGAUUUGCUGUAAUUUGUGAAGAACUUCAAUUAUUAUAAGGAUUAGAUGAAUAUUUAGCUAAAAAUGAUGCUUAAUAUUUUAAGGAUUAAGAUCUAUGGAAAGUAAGAGAAAUAGAAUUAAAAUUAAUGCUUAUUAGAAGUCAUAAUUAUGAUGCAUCUGAAAGAGAUCUUUUUUAUAGAAUGAAUAAAUUACAUUAACCAUCUUAACGUAUAAUAUUAGGUAGAUUUUUGGAAAGAAGAGCAAAAGAGUUAUUACUAUAGAAAUAUACAUUAGAAUGUUUGGCGCCAUUUAUGUUACUUUUCGAAUCAUGA